AUGGCCGCGUCGGCGCUUCACCAGACCACCAGCUUCCUCGGGCAGGCCCUGGUCUCCCGCCCCGCCACCGGCGCCGAUGCUGGCGGCCGCAUCACCAUGCGCCGCACCGUCAAGAGCGCUCCCCAGAGCAUCUGGUACGGCCCUGACCGUCCCAAGUACCUCGGCCCGUUCUCGGAGCAGACGCCGUCAUACCUAACCGGCGAGUUCCCCGGCGACUACGGGUGGGACACGGCGGGUCUCUCCGCGGACCCGGAGACGUUCGCGCGGAACCGUGAGCUGGAGGUGAUCCACUCGCGGUGGGCGAUGCUGGGCGCGCUGGGGUGCGUGUUCCCGGAGAUCCUGGCCAAGAACGGGGUCAAGUUCGGCGAGGCCGUGUGGUUCAAGGCGGGGGCGCAGAUCUUCUCGGAGGGCGGCCUCGACUACCUGGGCAACCCCAACCUGGUGCACGCGCAGAGCAUCCUGGCCAUCUGGGCAGUCCAGGUGGUGCUCAUGGGCUUCGUCGAGGGCUACCGCGUCGGCGGGGGCCCGCUCGGCGAGGGGCUCGACAAGGUGUACCCGGGCGGCGCGUUCGACCCGCUGGGGCUCGCUGAUGACCCGGACACCGCGGCGGAGCUCAAGGUGAAGGAGCUCAAGAACGGCCGCCUCGCCAUGUUCUCCAUGUUUGGGUUCUUCGUGCAGGCCAUCGUCACCGGCAAGGGCCCCAUCGAGAACCUCUUCGACCACGUCGCCGACCCCGUCGCCAACAACGCCUGGGCGUACGCCACCAACUUCGUCCCCGGCAACUAA